GUUAUUAGGCUACUAUAGUAAUGGUGAUGGUACACUAAUAAUACGUAUUUCUGCACGUUGACGUGUUUUUAAUGAUGACGGUGGAUAUUUGUUGUCAUUGUGGAGGCUGCAGCGCGUGCAGGACUCAGAUCCGGUCGCGGAGCGUCGCUGUUGGGUCACAGAUCCGGAGUUCCUGCAGAAAACUGAUAUUUUUAUUUUUAUUGAAUCUCUGAAGAACAUCCGGUCGCGGCUGAAUGUGAUUUUAUUGUUAAAUAAAUAAAUAAAAAAAAAGGCGUCCACGCGCAGGACCUGCGGUUCUGGGUCGGGUUCUGACUCACCUGCUCACCUGGAACCGGAAUAUAACCGGUGACAUCAUUCCAACGCCUUCAAGACACCGGAUUACAUUUUCAGGAGCCGUGACGUCGCCCCGCUCCGGUGCGUGACUCCAGCUGCGCGCGGGCGCAUCCAGAUGUGCGCCUUUCCUCACGGAACCUGAGAACCAAUCAGAUUCCUCCGGGGAGGGUCGAGCCGAACUGAGCUGGUUCUAAAAAACAGACCGUUUAUUUCGCACGUUCAUCAGUCACGUCCGGACCGGGACGACUGCGCGUGCACGCCUCUCAGAUCCGCAGAUGUGCGGCCGCGUGAAGAGGACCAGCAGCCGGGAAGGAGGAGCUGUCUGCCAGGGACGGAGCGGAGCGCGAGGACCUCCGUCUGGUUCCGGCUCUUUGUUAAUGACGAGGAAGCAGGAGAACCAUGAAGCAGAGAUCCAGGCCUGUGAGAGCCGAGGAACCCGCCUUCAUCGUCCUCAGUGAUUGUGGACAUCUGACUGUGGCAGAGACAGGCUGAUCCUCCCAAUGGACGCAAUGCAAACAGACUGAAAAGAGUCAGAACUCACACAGCUUUGUUCUUCAUGAAGUGGACCGAGCUGCUCUCAGAGGCUGACAUGUCCUUUUUGGACGCCUCAGUCUGAGCCAACCCAUUUGGAUCAGAGACUCAGAGAACCUGGACAAACUGAGACAGGCCCCAUGCAGGCCCGGAAGAAGUAUGUUCUGCUGGGCUUGUGUGUGUGCUGCUGGCUGGUUCUGUUCUCCUGGUGCAGGGGCGUUCAGCUCCGCCUGCUGCAUCUGCUGACACACCAGCGGGGUGAUGCGAUGCGUCUGUGGCCAAACUGGACCGACCGGACCCUCCUGCCCCCUUAUGCCCACCUUGAUGAGCUGCAGACAGACCUAGGGAUGUCCGAGUCACCCCGGCAGCGACGCCAGGCAUGGUCCACCAUUUAUAAAGACAGCCAUUGCCGCAUGGAGACCUGCUUUGACUUCUCACGGUGCCAGCGAAGAGGUCGGGAAGGCUUCCGGGUCUACGUUUACCCAUUGGAGAAAAGUGACCGUGUGUCGGAGAGCUACCGGAAGAUCCUGACAUCCAUUGCUGAGUCUCGCUACUACACAGCGGACCCCCGGGAGGCGUGCCUUUUUGUGCUAGGAAUAGACACCUUAGACCGGGACCAGCUGUCAGGACAAUUUGUUCAUAACAUGGAUGAGCGUAUCCGUGGUUACCCACUGUGGAAUGACGGGCAGAACCACCUGAUCUUCAACCUGUACUCUGGCACCUGGCCCAACUACACAGAAGACCUGGGCUUCAACAUCGGCCAGGCCAUGUUGGCCAAAGCCAGCCUAAACACAGAACACUUCCGACCCGGCUUUGACGUCUCCAUCCCGCUCUUCUCCAAGGAUCACCGGCAGAAAGGCGGGGAGCGGGGUUGGCUCAUCAGGAAUACUACGCCACCACGCAGGAAGUACCUGCUGAUGUUCAAGGGGAAGCGUUACCUGACUGGGAUCGGCUCUGACACCAGGAAUGCUCUUCAUCACAUCCACAACGGGAAGGACAUUGUGUCGCUGACAACUUGUCGCCAUGGGAAGGACUGGGAGAAGCACAAAGACGCUCGCUGCGACCGUGACAACCUGGAAUAUGAGAGGUUUGAUUACCAGGAGCUGCUCCACAACUCCACUUUCUGUCUGGUGCCUCGAGGUCGCCGCCUGGGAUCCUUCCGCUUCCUGGAGUCUCUGCAGGCUGCGUGUAUCCCAGUGUUGCUGAGUAACGGAUGGGAACUCCCGUUUUCCGAUGUCAUCCAGUGGAACCAGGCAGUGAUUGAGGGAGAUGAGAGAUUAUUACUCCAGGUUCCAUCUACUGUCAGAGCGAUGGGAAAUGGGCGGGUUCUGGCCCUCAGACAGAGGACCCAGAUGUUGUGGGAUGCCUACUUCUCUUCAGUGGACAAGAUUGUCCUCACCACCCUGGAGAUCAUCAAGGACCGUGUUUUCUCCCACAUCUCCAGAAACAGGUUCAUGUGGAACUCCCUUCCAGGAGGUCUUCUGGUCCUUCCUGAAUACUCAACCCACCUGGCUCACUUCCCUUUCUACUACCUGGGAUUAGGAGUCAGUCCAGGUCAGGAGUUCACCGCCAUCAUCCAUGCCGUCUCCCCAUUGGUCUCCCAGUCACAGCCAAUCAUGAAGCUGCUUCAGGUGGUCUCCAAGUCAAAGUAUUGUUCGCAGAUCAUCAUUCUGUGGAACAGCGAGAAGCCACCCCCUACUCGGAGCAAAUGGCCCCCCAUGCCUGUCCCCCUCACCGUGACAGACGGCAGAAGGAAGACCACCAGCCGGUUCCUGCCUCACGUUGCCAUAGAAACAGAAGCAGUGCUGAGCCUGGACGAGGACACGGUCUUGCUCACCAGUGAGGUGAACUUUGCCUUUCUGGUGUGGAGGAGCUUCCCUGACCGGAUCGUUGGAUACCCCCCCCGCAGCCACUUCUGGGACCCGCUGAAGCACACCUGGGGCUACACCUCCAAAUGGACCAACGACUACUCCAUCGUCCUGACAGGAGCUGCCUUCUACCACAGGUAUUACCACCACCUGUUCUCCAACUUCCUACCCCAGUCUCUGCGGACGCUGGUGGACCAGACUUCUAACUGUGAGGACAUCCUGAUGAACUUUCUGGUCUCUGCUGUUACUCACCUGCCACCAAUCAAAGUGGCUCAAAGGAAGCAGUACAAGGAGCUGCCCGCCCCACAGGUUACAAAGAGCAUCCCCUGGGCUAACCCAGAGCACUUCAGUCAGAGACAGGACUGUGUCAACACCUUCGCCAACUGGUUUGGCUACAUGCCACUGGUCCACUCCCAGUUCCGCCUGGACCCGGUCCUGUUCAAAGAUCAGGUAUCUGUCUUUCGGAAAAAGUACAAAGACUUAGAACGGGCUUGACAUGGGCCAACAGGACAGAGAUGGAGAAGUCCGGUCAAUUGGGCGGACAAAUGGACCAAUCAGCUGAGGACCGCUCAGACUGGUCCAUGUGUGAUGAAGUCCAAUGCUAGAUAGACCCUGGUGGUCUGAUCUGGACCACACAGACCAGGAGAUGGGUCGGAAGCACACAGAGUCCAUGAGUCGAUACAGAAGCAGGCGAGAACCACAAGAACUGAAGGACUCAUAUCGUUACCGGGUUCUCCACACCGGUUCUGAGCAGAGAAACCGGAUCAUAUUACUGAAAAUGUUAUAAGUGUAACACCAAUAAAAUGAUUUCUGAACUCAA